CAAACAUCACGUAUAAGAUUCCUAGCUUUGUUAUCAGGUUGACCACUUUAUUUUCCUGAUAAAUUGUUUCAAACCCAUCAGGCCUUCAAUUUUAGCUUCCAGUUUCUCAAAAUUAGUUAUGGUGUAAUUUUCUUUUAUGGUCAUAGGUCAGCUUCGUACCUGUGAACUUUGAACCUCAAGCUACCAUGUACGAGAUUGUUAAUACUUGUUUUUUUCUUUCAAAUAUUGCUUUCAUAUUGAAGCAUUCAAUUGCUAUUUAAAACUUCAGCAGGUUUUAUAUUCACGCGGGUACACGUAAGCCUGUGCAUGAUUGCUGAUUCACGUACCACUACGAAAAUUUUCCUUUUAUAUAUGACAAAUGAUUAUUCCAAGCUAGCAGCAUCUGUCCUUCUCAUUAUUUCAAAUUUUGAGUGCACGUGAUAUUUGACUAUUGCUGUACUAGCCACUUGUCUUCGUGUCAAUUUGACAUUCUGACACUAAAUUAUGUCCAUCCUGAUCCUUCAUUGGUUUUGCAUGGAACAGAAAUGCCAUGUGAAGAACAAAAAUAUCAUGAAUCUCUUGGAUGGUCCUUACACCGUCGGUGAAGAUGGCGGCAUCAAGGGACAACAAUAGUGAGCUGUAUUUCCUUAAAUAGACGUCUGCUCAAAAUGGAAUGUGUGUCUGCCACCGUCUCGAAGGUGCUGGACGACGACAACCUCCUCAUCGAGAUCCUCCUCCGCGUCACCUUCCCCAGCACCCUCGUCUGCACCGCUCUCGUCUGCAAGCGCUGGUUCCACCACAUCUCCGACCGCAAGUUCCUCUGCCGUUUCCGCAAGCUCCACCCACCCUGUCUCCUCGGCUAUUACCUCUAUGGACGCUUCGUCCCUAUGCUGCCACAGCCGCCGGAGCUAGCUGCUUUCACCCGAAGAGUGGCGAGCUACAGCCUCGGGGGCACCGAGGAUGCCACUGUAUUGAUCAAGGACUGCCGGAACGGUAGUAUAUACUCCCUAUUGUGCAAACGAGGAAGCGGAGUCACUGGUGGACUGGACAGCCCGCUGUGCCAGAACAGAGCCGUGGCCGUCAUCCCACCGCUCUCACACCCCCAUUACAUCGCAAGUAGAAUGCUCUCAAAAGUAGAGGACAGUGGUGGCUUGUCCUACAUGUAUGUAGCGUUGGGGUCCCCCUUCAAGAGGGCACGUUUUACGGUGUUUAUGUUGCAAGAUGGAGUCUGGUGUAUGCAUAUGUCAGUCACAGCACAACUAUGUUGCCGCUUCAAACGACUACAAGCUGUGUUGGUGGAGAAUAAAAUCUAUUUGACAGCCACCAUGAGUGACAUUAUCGUCUUGGAUUUAACAACAUCAAGUAUGUCCACAAUUCAGCUCCCACAAGGAGUGAAGUCUAUCACUUCGGCCACUAUGUUGUCGCCAGCUGAUGAUGCUUCUGGAGUAUAUCUCAUCAAAGUGGAUCUUGAACUUCGCAUCUGGCUCCACAGUGGGGAGAACUGGUCACUGGUGGACACCAUUUGUUACCGUGAGAUGGUUGCUAAUUUGAGAAUGUCAGAUUGCACGGUUGAUCAUGAGAAUACUACUGAUGUGCAUAUAAGCCAAGUGGGAGACAAUGCUGAAUUUGCGUUCUUGCAAAUGGGCCGAUGCACAUUCUAUUUGGAUAUCAAGUGCAGGACAUUGCGUAAAGUGCAUGAGAGGAAACAUUGGGAUCCAUUCGAACAAAUAUAUCCUUUCAUGAUGAUCUGGCCUCCCACAUUCCCUACGCUCAAAGAUGAUUUCGCAAGAGAUGUUGUGUGA